AUGUUUCAGAUUGCAGUUCUCUUCGCAGCAUUGGCCUAUGCUAAUGCAGUGCUCUUCCAACCAGCAGCCAGCUAUGCUACUACUCCACUAUCCUACAACAUCUAUCCUGCAGCUCCAACUCAGUCGUAUCCUGCUCCAGCUUUCGCCACUUACGGACACCAGGGAUUUGGUCAUGGCUUGACACACAACUCUCCGAUUGUACAAAGUUAUUCAGCUCCAGUAGUAGCCCAUACAUAUGCGGCUGCUCCAGCACUGACUUAUUCGGCACCAAUCGCGCACACUUUUGCAGCCACCCCGGCCUUGGCUUAUGCCCCCAGUUACAGUUCAGCAUAUACCUACAAUAAUCACGGAUAUGCUGCAGCGCCAAUUGCUCCUCUGACCGCUACAAAACCGAUCGGUUUAAUAGCUCAACCUGCUGCUACCGCUACCGUUGCUCAUAGUGCACCGCAACUGGUGCUCUCACGACCCGGUUUGAACUAUGCUUCCUCCCCUCACCAGCAGGGCACUUACACGAACUUCAAGAGUCCAUCGGUGUCCUACGCUUACUAG